AUGCUGAACUGGCCGCGUAACUCGGCUCACCGGUGGGAGACGAUCGACGUUGAUUGUGAACUGGUAUCCUCGCAGAGAGAGCAGGCCGCUCAGCUGCCCACCAAGACGAUGGGAAGAUUAUAUCUAGAGCUGGGAAGGACGCGCUUGGAGGGAGAAGGCUCGAAAGGAAUGACAGGCGUGUUGGGAUCUCUGAUUACCCAACGGUCCAGGCUAACCAAAUGA